AUGGAAUUUUUUGGUGUGCUAUGCUAUAUGAAUGGUUUUUAACGCUCUUUUGUCUUUGAUUGGACGUCGCGGGUUGUCGUGGAGGCUACAUUUUCUCAUUUCUUAUUAUUUUCAAAUACACAUGGUGACGAAAGUUUUCAGGGGAUUUUGCCUCAAACCCAACUAUAAUAACUGAAUUUGUAUUAUAUAGACAAUGUGUUGUGCUGUGAUUUAUUAACGUGAUAGUGCAGUUUUGGAGGUAAAAUGCCCGCUUCCAUUUGCGACCCAGUAUCAAGCGCAUUGCGUUUAUCACUUACUGCGGACGAUUCUCAGAGCUCUUCGUUAUUAGAUAGUAGACUUUAUUCAUCGGCUAAAAGUUCUCUUCUAUCAAAGAUUGAGUUUGAAGAAUCAGGUGAUUAUCAGAGCAACGUUCUCGAUGGGCUCAAGUCUAAAUACGUGGUGAUUCGACCUAAAAAACCAGUGCUUGAUACAAAACUUCUUAAAAAAGAAAGCAUUUCCAGCAAUCAGACAUCAGAUGGUAGUAAAAAUGGUGAGGAUGGGUUACCUAAACCGAAGCGCACGUUGUUCCCCCUGGAAAAGGUGCAGUUGGGGUGGCAGAGCGCGUGGGCGGCGGGCGCCGGCAUGCAGAACGUUGGCAAUACGUGCUACUUAAAUUCCACCCUUCAGGCACUGUUCCAUGUGCCUGCUUUUGCUAACUGGCUAGUUUCUGAAACACCUCAUGCAGAAAAAUGUAAUCAGCAAGAGGCGUGUGUAAUAUGUGGGAUGCGUGCCACAUUGAUGGCUACACAGAAGAGUGGUGGCGCUCCCAUCAAACCAUGGCAGGUGUACUCCAAGCUGCGCCUUAUCUGCCGCCACCUCACACCUGGGCGACAGGAGGAUGCCCAUGAGUUCCUCAGAUACCUGGUAGAAGCUAUGGAGAAAUGCUAUUUAUCGCGGAUCAUGAACUCUGACAAGCUGGAUCAGUACAGCAAGGAGACUACUCCACUGAACCAGAUCCUGGGAGGCUACCUGCGCUCCACUGUGCGCUGUCUAGCCUGCCACCACCUGUCUACAACUUAUCAGCAUUUUCAGGACCUGUUGUUGGAUAUAAGAAAACAUUCUACUCUGGAUGAAGCAUUAGACUCAUUUUUUUCCAGAGAAAGAUUAGAAGAUUUAGGUUAUAAAUGUGAAGCAUGUAAUAAAAAGGUGUCAGCAACGAAACAAUUCUUCGUGGAGCGCGCGCCGAUGGUGCUCUGCAUCGCACUGAAAAGGUUCUCGUUGGCUGGCGGCAAGCUGUCCAAACACGUGCAGUUCCGCAAGAAGAUCACACUCAACAAGUACAUGUAUAACAAGAACACGCAGCAACAGUUGUCUUACAAAUUGGUGAGCCUGGUCACGCAUCUGGGUCCGUCACAAAAUUGCGGUCACUACACGGCGAUAGGACAAGCGCCAAAUAGUAACUAUUAUCAGUUCGACGACAGUUGUGUGCGUCCCUUGCCGCUGUCCGCCGUGUUGGGCACCAACGCCUAUAUUAUGUUCUUCGAGAAAGACAACGCCACUGAAGACACUUCCACCCCCACCGCCUCCACAUCCAGCACUGUCUACGGGCCGCAGCUCCCCGACAAUAUUCUCAACAGAGAAAAGAGCCCCUUAAAAUUAACAUUUUACAGAAGUGAAGAUCGAAAACCUAACUUUAAUAGCACCACCACAGAAGCACCUAAGCCUGAAAUUAAACCCAUAAUAUUAAAUAGCACCUUGAGUAAAUCGUCAGACGCCAGCAUCUCCAAUUCGGAACCUUGGGUUGUGAAACAGAAUGGCGAAGUGGAGAAAGUCGCGCCAAAGAUAUUGAACGGCGGUGACAAGUUGUAUAAAGCCGACGAAGAUAAGAAAAUAAGUUUCAUUAUAAAAAAACAGAACGGCGAAGACGCCAUGAAAUCAAAACUUUCUAAGAGCGAUUCUGAUAUCAGAUCACUCGUCGUCAACAACGGAAGGGCUCCUGAAAAGUCUGCGUCGACGAGUAAACUAGUAAAACAGAAAUCGCCAUUAGAAAAGUUGGAGGAGCAAAUGAACAGAAAUGAUUCGACGAAUCACAGUGAGAGGAAUGGAAAUUCCAGUUCCAGAUUAGUUCCUUACGACUCGGAAUCGAGUGGUGAUGAGCGGGCCGAUAGACUGAGCGAGGAGAGGAGGAAAGAGGGCCCGAAGGAGGAGGGCCGCAAGCCUAAGCCGAGUCGGUGCGAGUCAGAGCAAGGAUUGGUGGUCACCACUAAGAGCAUGCACGCGUGGACCGUUUCUAGUGAGAAGUGUGGCCCGCUGCUAAGUCCUAGUUUGAACGGCGUCACCAACGUUAAAAAAGUAAAGGAGAAGGAGGAGCGUCGCCCUGACGAACAAAGUCCGAACACGAGCGUGAGCAGCAUGUCCCCGCUGAGCGACCGCAGCGAGGCGGCGGCGCCGGCCGCGCCAGCCGCGCCCGCCGCGGGCGCCGUGGAGACGGCGCGGCACCUGCAGGGGCUCUCGCACCGCGGCUACGGCGCGCCCGUCUCCACCUGGAAUGGCACCCACAGCAAUAUGUCGCGACAGGUAUUCGAAGAACGUCGCGAGGAGCGUAAGCGUGCGAUAGAAGGCGCGGACGAGAUGGACCGCGGCCGCAACAAGAAGGUGAAGCGCUUCCACCACUACAACCGGUUCAACAACAACAGGCCGCACUACAACCCCUUCCAGGAGAAGCAGAAUAAGCCACAUUGGGGCGGCAACUUCAAGUACCGCGGAGACCGUCGACCAUCGCACCACUUCAACAAACAUCACAACAAGUACAAGCGAUUCAACAACAGGUACAACAACGGGCACCACUACCCGAGACACCACUGACCCCGCACCGGUCUGUGUCUGGUGUAUGUAAAUAGGUAGCAUAUGGACUUAAAUUCGUAGUUAAGUAAGCUUUUUAGUGUCGAUACAAAUAUACGUCAUGGAAUAUUCACCGAUAUACCGCUGCCGCCAGUCCAGCAGUAGUGAGUAGACAGAAGAUAAGUUUAACGAAAAUAUAUACUGCCAGUCAGCCUUUAUGAACGCCGUUGAGACCUUCAUCAGAUAAGACUUAUUAACUACCAUACCUAGAUGUAGCCUACAAUAAAUUCCUUGUUACCUACCCAUUGAAACAUUUAUUUAACGCUGGAGUCUUGUAUUCUAGGGGCAAUAAAAUAAAAGGAAAAUAGUUUUUCAUGUAUAUUAAAUUACAUGUUUCAGCUCAAUUUAGUCGUUAUUUGUUUAUUUCAUUUGACUCUUUAUUUAACUGAUUGAAAAAAAAAAUGACUGCGAAAUAAUAUGUGUUAAAAAGUUGUUUUGUUUCAUUAAGUACCCGAACUCGUAGCGAGUCUGUUACCUUAAGAUAAAUAUUUUUUUUUGUAGACAUUAUAUUUAGAAAUUUGUGGCUCAAAAAAUAGACAAAUUGGUUGAUUGUUGUUAUUUUGAAGGCAAGCCUAUCCUAAGCCUUGAAUGAUCAAUCCAAACUUCAAUGUUUGUCUAUUUGUCGACCUACAAAUAAUGUAAGUUAAUUAAUCUAUUAAAAUGAAACAUUAUUACACACGAGGCCAGUUUCGCUAGUCAAUGAAGUGAUCCUGACGUCGUGAGCAAUAUCAGUCGCUGUGUAAAAUAUAAUAUUUUAUGUAAGGGACAUUUUAUUGUUUGUCGAUAUUAAACAGAAAUAAUACGGCAUUUACCCUUACAGAGGGUAGAGCUAUUAUGCUAUAUGCUCUAAGGUUCAGUUUGCCUAUUCAUGCAUGGCCGGCAUUUUACAACACAAGCCUUACUCGUUCGUAAAAAUUGUUCGGACAUUUGUAUAUACAUAGUUUAAAUUUGCAGUGACUUGGCUUGGUACAAAUAUUCAUGGAGAUACUCGGCUUUUAUUUUUGUAUAAUACCAUUACAAGUAACUGAUUUACGUCCUAGAUACUAUUUAAAAUCAUGUUUCUAAAAUUAAACUUAGGUUGCGAGUCCAUCGGCUUGUGAUAGUGAAAAUUAGAUAAACUUAUAGGCAAUCUCAGGGAAUAUUCAAUUAGGGCAAUUUUGAAAUUGGCCUGAUUAUAAAAUGUAUUAUUUGCAAUGAGCCCGUCUUGGUCGCCUUGUAACUAGUUAUAGUAUGGCCGAUGGACCGAAUCUAAUCAAAUGAAGCAUUUUAGGGAAUGUUUUGCUAAGAGAGGUGUAAAUUCCUAUAGUCCUUAGAAAAAAACUGCCUUGAGUGUCACUUCUUUCAAGGCUGAGAUAUUCGAUCGCGUUCGUGUUUAUCUAAAUGCUUGAAUAUGCUACCUAAAUAUUGGGAGUCAUAAUCAGAGUUCGUUGAUUUUGAAAUAACUUAAAAUGCGUAACGUUUCAUUAUGCAGUACCUUACAAAUAUUCCAAUUAGAUUGUAUUAUUAACAUACGUAUUUUUUAUGUUUUUAUUAAAUCCGUUAUAAAAUGAUGUUAAUAGUAAACCUGUUUAAAGUUUAUAAACGUCGAAUCAUAACAAAAUAGUCAUAAUUUUUUCACAAUUAACAUAUUCGAAGACGCAUGAUACGCAUGAGUAAUAUAUAAAUUGUAAUAAUUUUAAGCUUGUUUAGGCUAGAACAAAUAAACAAAUUUUAUACAUCGAUAGUCACUUAAGACUUCACGGACUUAUGGUCUCGUUGUUCCUAUGUGGUUUUAGUUGGAUUGGAGUAGCCAAUGGAAAGGUUAAGGCAAUAUUUUAUUAUUUAUUUUGUUGUAAAGAUGAAAUAACGUUUUAUGUGAACCCAGCACAUAAGUUAGUAAUGGACUCUUAAGAUGUGUAAUCGAUGUAUUAGGUAUUUUUGAUUUCACCUCAUGUUUUAGGGAAUCUAAAAUGUUAUUAAAACAUUUGUAAGUAAAUGUGGGUAUAGCAAUUUGUAAUAUCCAUCGAAAUGAGUAAUAAGCAAAACACCUUAAAUACCAGAUAA